CACUGUUACGUGUACACACGUCUGUCAGUUCAUUGGGCGAUGAGACGCUCAGGUGUGGCAAGUGUUGUUUGUCUUUAUCCCGCAAAUGUUGGUGAAUGUCACACGUUCGUAAUUAAUGUAUAGAUCAAAGUUGUUAUAUUAGGUAAGUAAAUUCAUAUGUUGAUACUGGAAAGUAUGGGGUGCAGAUUGUUGAAGAGUGCCGUGUUCGUGCUGGCGUUCCUGCUUCAAUUCAUAAAACUCGAAGGUUCUCUCGUACUGACAAGUUCUCCACCAACAGCAACCGACGGACAAGCCAUCACUCUGAUCUGCAGCAGUAGCUGGGGCGAAGUGAACCGAUACUGGUUCAGGGAUGAUAACGUCAUCUUCCGUACUACGCAGUCUCUGUCCACUUUCAGUAAAGCGGCCAUAUCCAACCCUUACAUCUAUAGCAAGUACUUGUCAGGGCGUGUCAGUGUCAGCUGUAAUGUCCUCCAACACAAUGUGACUCUCAUGAUCAACGCUACCAUUGACAGAGGCUCUGUGUGGUGGUGUAAGGAUACUGUGAAGAGCGAGACAAGCAACCACAUUACAUUACUUACUGCAAGGCUUGGAAGGUAUGCUGAUCUGUCACGAGUUCCUAACCGCGAAGCUAAAGAUAACGACUUGGGUGGCAGGACUGUUGUUUACAUAGCUGCAGGGUCUGCCUGUGCAGUUGUUGUCCUCGUCGGUGUAGUCGUCGUUCUAUUUAUAAGAAGAAGGCGUCGCACAUCAGGAGCCAUGCGGGACAACAUGCUAUACACAGUGUCAUCAGAAUGUUUAUCAGCGGAUGCCCCCACACAGUACAGGGAACCAGUGGCGCAAGAUGUGCACGUCCAGGUGAUGAAACCGAAGACAAAAUAACACUAGGAUGAGGAACACCAAGAUAGAGAAGCUGUCUAACGGGAUGAUGAUGAUUAUGAUGCUACUCCAGUAGGGCUAAUCAGCGAGGACCUUAUGAAACAAUAGGAGGAUAACCUCCGUGCUACGAGGAUUCACGGGUUAUCUGCCCCGAGUGAAUGAUGUUGUGCUAUGAUGACGCCAUCCUCAGUGACAUGCGACAAUGUGUUCAGUGACGCACGUUGUCGUGAACCUCUUCGCAAACGAUGAAAACAAUGGAACAAUUGAUGCGAACUAUCCAAUCAGCAUGAAGCAAACGUCAUAAUGCCCAGUGACAAUUACUGAAAAAUGCUUUCACCUAUAUCCACGCCCCAUGGGGUGAUAUUAUUUUUGUGUGUGCACGGUAGAAGUGUAAGAACAGCGUACAUACGCUACUGUCACAAUAUCCCCGCUAUACCGCUACACCAUCACUAAGCCUCAAACACCAUGGCCAGGCAACGCUUUAACUACUGGACUAUCACACCGUCCAGGUAUUUAAGGAACCCACUCAUACCCAGACGCAACACCUUUACGACGAAUACUACUGUGAUUUUUUAUUCUGUGGCAUUUUCGGCAUUUUUUCCCGAUAUUGCUAAAAAUGUCACUUUUGUCUCCUAAAAAUUUAUCAGUGAGGAAGCUUCUUUCAACCAUAUAGCGACGAGUGAGUGAGUAUGGUUUUACGCCGCUUUUAGCAAUAUUCCAGCAAUAUCACGGCGGGGACUUCACAUUUUGUACCCAUGUCGGGAAUCGGACCCGGGUCUUCGGCGUGACGAG